AUGAAACAAACCCUCGCUAGAACAUCUAUUCGCUACUUAUCAGAUAAAGCUGCUAGAUUUGUGCCCCAGUCGGGCGUUUAUCCCAAGGGAUUUGUUGCUGGCGGGAUCCAUUGUGGAGUGAAGAAGGAUGGGAAAAGCUUGGACUUGGCUUUAUUGCACAACACGUUCGGCAAAGAUGCCUCUGCUGCUGCCGUGUUUACCACCAACAAAUUCAAAGCCGCGCCCGUGCAAGUGUCGCAAAGGAUCAUCAAGGAAACUAAGGGGUCCGGCAUCAAUUCCAUUGUUGUCAACAGCGGUAACGCCAAUGCCGUUACUGGUGCACAGGGGAUCAAGGACGCCGAGGACAUGGUCAUCGUCACCGAUUCUGUUCUCGAGAGCAAGCCCAGUAGCACCCUUGUUAUGUCCACUGGUGUCAUUGGGAACAACUUGCCCAUCGACAGCAUCCUCUCGGGAAUACCCAAACUUGCAUUGAGUCAUCUUGGCGACAAGCACGAAAACUGGAUCGAGUGUGCCCAGGCGAUAUGCACCACCGACACGUUCCCCAAGUUGGUCACCAAGCAGUUCCAGAUCAACAGCGACACCUACACUUUGGCUGGGUUGUGCAAGGGAGCAGGAAUGAUCUGCCCCAACAUGGCCACCUUGCUCGGUUUCUUUGUCACCGAUGCCCCCGUGUCGCCCUCGGCAUUGCAGCAGAUCCUAAAAUAUGCAGUUGACAGGUCGUUCAAUAGUAUCACGGUUGAUGGAGACAUGUCGACGAACGACACCAUUGUUGCCAUAGCCAACGGCGCUGCUGGCGGCGAGUUGAUCGAGCUCAACUCCUCGUGCGCCGAGAGGUACGCAGCCAUCCAGAAAGAAAUCACAGACUUUGCCCAGCAAUUGGCCCAGUUGGUGGUGAGGGACGGUGAAGGUGCUACUAAGUUUAUCAAGAUUAGAGUCAAGGAUAGUUUGUCGUACAAGGACGCGAAAUCGAUUGCCUCGAGCGUCGCCAACUCGUCGUUGUUCAAGACGGCCAUGUACGGCAAGGAUGCAAACUGGGGCCGUAUCCUCUGUGCCAUUGGCUACGCCAACGUCAGCAACGGCAAUUCUGUCAUCCCAUCCAAGACCAGCGUCAAGUUUGUCCCCGUCGACGGAAGCGAGAGCUUGCAGUUACUCAAGAACGGGGAGCCGGAAAAAGUCGACGAGGAAAGAGCAUCGCAAAUCUUGGAGGAUGAGGAUUUGGUGAUUGAGAUAGACUUGGGCACCGGUGGAGGACAAAGCGCCGACUUCUGGACCUGCGACUUGUCGCACGAGUAUGUGACAAUCAACGGAGACUAUAGAUCUUAA